GUAACCCUUCCAACGCGGCAAAGCGCAGACGCGAAGGCGGUAAAAAAUCAUAGACAUUUGAAAAAGCCGGCUGUCAGCGGCACGGUCGUCUCAUCGCUUAAAAAAAUAAAGUUAGUUUCGUGUAAAAAUAUCUCCUAUAUACCUAAUUUAAAACGUGUGAAAAUCAUAAACAGUAUUCACAAUAAUUGAAAUAUGUAACGUCGUAGUUGUUUUAAUUUUAGGCAGUGAUAACCAAGGAAGAAAAAAUAUUUUAAAUCGUUGGUGUUUCACAAUCAAUAUGACAUCCUGGAAGCUGCUUUUCCUAUGCGCCGUGCUCUUCUGCGUCGAAGGCAAAAGAUUGCAUCAAAAACGGGAAACCAAAUCCCAUAUAUGCGACCCAGUUUAUAACAACACAAAUAAAAUUCAAUGUUACUGCGUUCGAGAUUCAAAUCUCGACUUAAUUCGGAGUGCUGAUUGCUAUGCAACUGUCAACGAAAUCUCAAUUGAUGAUGCCAAUUGGAAGGUUUUUGAAGAACUCGAAAAUGUCCACAAGCUAACAUUCACGAAUACACGCGGCGUUAUUUUGAAGUAUAUACCUCAACACGCGUUACAAUACACAAAAUCAGUUCUAAAACUCGAAGUAAAGUACGCAAAUAUUGAGUCAAUAGAACCAUUCGAUUUUGCUAAUCUAACAUUCGUUGAAGAAAUAACACUAAGAGAUAAUCAGAUCAAAGAUUUAAAAGCUAAUGCCUUUGCGCAUCAUAGGGACUUGGUAACAAUUGGCCUAGAUACAAAUAACAUAGUCGAGAUAAACAGAAAUGUAUUUGUCGAUUUACCAUCUCUAGAAAAGCUAUAUUUGACGAGAAAUAAAAUUACAACAAUCCACGACAAAGCUUUCAUACAUUUGUCUAAUCUAAGAGAACUGGAAAUUGAUACAAACAAUUUAUUCAUGUUGAACAGUGAAACCUUUUUAGGCUUAAAAAAGUUGGAAAAGUUAGAUCUUAGUAGUAACAGUUUGCAAGUAAUAGGAGAUAAUACGUUUGCGCCUUUAAAGAACCUUCGGGUAUUAAAUUUGGAUGGAAAUAAAAUUCAGAUGCUUGACGAGAAAGCUUUUCAUGGGCUCGUCAAUUUGCAAUCUUUAUCAAUUGCUCAUAAUACACUGAAAGAAAUUAAACAUAUAAAGUUGUUUGUUGGAUUAAAAUCCUUAAAGUCAAUGAGUUUGAAAGGCAAUCAACUACAGAAUCUUGACUCCGAUGUAAUGGCGCCGAUACUUGAGAAUUUCUACAGUAAUGUCAGCAGUCUCGACGUUGAAGAUAACAUGUUCCCCUGCGAUUGCCGUCUGGACUGGUUCUUAACAUUAAUGAACAACACGAAUAGUUCGCACUUGAAGCUAUCCAUCGAAAACCUUAAAUGUAUACCCACCUCGGACAUCAGAGACAAAUGGACGAAGACAGCGGAAGGUGACAAGAGCACAGACGUGGAAGACGAUGGGCAAAAUGAUUAUGAAUAUUAUGAUGAUACACAGUUAAAUGGGAAACUAUUUUACAUUGACAUGCGUUUCCUUUUAAAUUGCUCCAAAAAUUUCGACAGCCUUCUCAAACCGGACGUUGAAACACCCAAACAAAAGACUACAGUAAAGCCGACUACAACAACAGCAAGUGUGGAACCAAAAGUCCCAAUGCUUAUAGAAAAUAAGGGUGAAGAUCAGAAAAAUGUAUACACGACCAGUCGACUGUCAACUGUUUCAGCGAAACCAAUGGCAAAUGGUUUUUAUGACGAUCGAAAUAUGGCCGCCGAUGAAGCGAAACCGGACAAAAUAAAAUCGCAUCGAAGCGUUCAGGAUUUUGAGAGCCAAGCCAGUAACUCUCAUAUGAUAUCUUCGUGUGUUGCAUUAUUUGUAGGAGUGCUUAGUGUUAGAUUAUUGUACUAGAUUAACUUAAUUUAUAAUCUAUAAUCAGUGGUGUUAAUACAGAUAUUUAUCUUGAAAAGAUUUACGAGAAUCCAAUUUUUAUCGGAAACUUAACAAAAUCUACAGAAAUGUUCUAUUAAGUGAACUGACUCGCUACAAUUCUAAAUUUCCAAGUUAUUAAACAAUCCCAUAGAGUCAAAAACAUUAAAUCACUCACUCUUUUUACCAUAGUAUUUUUUCUUGUUAAAUAUGUAUCAAAAUAGUUCUUUUGUUCUACUAGCGACAUCUAGUUGUGUAUAAAGAAAAAACUACUUUGUGGGUCUAUGAUCUAAUAAAACUUUUAGUGUGUGACGAGCACUUGUAGUUUCAAUAUUUCUCUCUAUAUCAAAUUGUGUUUUGGCGUGUUCUAUUUUUAAAUCUAGAAAUAGGAUUUAAAAAUAUUUUGGUAUUGUAUACACUAAUAAAUUAUCUGGAAUCCUUUUUAAAAAUCAUAUCUUUAUGUUAUGAAACUGAUUUAUUUUUAUGAAGAAUGAGGAUUUCCUUAAGUUUAAAAACGUUUGAUUGCGGUCGGUAAAAUUACUUAUUUUUAAUUAAAAUUAAUGUUUUUAAAUUAGUUUUCUAAAAAUAUUGUUUUAAUGAAGUCAGAAUUAACACCAUUGACUAAUAUUUAGUAAUUAAUUUGUAUUAUAUAUUAGUUCUAUAAGUAGUGUAACGUUACAGUCGAACGUGUUAUUUUUAAUUUUUAUAAUUGUUAUAAAAUUUGACUGCUUUAUUGUAAGAAUUUGUAAUUUUCGCGUUUUAACAUAGAUUAUUCAUAAUUAAUUAAUUACUUGAUAAUUUAAGGUAACUUUAUUACUUAACUGAAUAUGCUAUUUUUUUAAAUAUUUAAUUGACUCUGUUAAGUUUUAUUUUAUUAUCUUACCCACAGUCACUAGAGAUAAUAAACGAUUACGUAGGA